AAGAGCUUUCAUCUCUGUGAUGGUGUCAACUUGGCUGGAGUGAGGAUUACCUGGAGAUCUGGUGCCUCAUCUCCAGACAUGGAGCCCAGCUAUGGGGGAGGCCUUUUUGACAUGGUGAAAGGUGGUGCAGGGAGGCUAUUCAGUAAUCUGAAGGACAACCUGAAGGACACCCUCAAAGACACAUCCUCUCGAGUCAUCCAGUCUGUUAGCAGCUACACAAAGGGAGACCUAGACUUCACUUACGUCACCUCCAGAAUUAUCGUGAUGUCCUUUCCUCUGGACAACGUUGACAUAGGAUUCAGGAAUCAGGUUGAUGACAUCCGUAGCUUUUUGGAUUCCAGACAUCUCGACCACUACACAGUAUACAACCUGUCACCCAAGUCUUACCGAACUGCCAAGUUUCACAGCCGGGUCUCGGAAUGCAGCUGGCCCAUCAGGCAGGCCCCGAGUCUACACAACCUGUUUGCUGUGUGUCGGAAUAUGUAUAACUGGCUGCUACAGAAUCCCAAAAAUGUCUGCGUUGUCCACUGCUUGGAUGGACGGGCUGCGUCUUCAAUUCUGGUUGGUGCUAUGUUCAUUUUCUGUAAUCUCUACUCCGCUCCUGGCCCUGCUGUUCGAUUGCUCUAUGCAAAGCGACCGGGAAUUGGACUGUCCCCGUCCCACAGGAGGUACUUGGGCUACAUGUGCGACCUACUUGCAGACAAGCCCUACCGCCCUCACUUCAAGCCACUGACGAUCAAGGCGAUCACUGUCAGCCCAAUUCCCUUCUUCAAUAAGCAGAGAAAUGGGUGUCGCCCAUACUGCGAUGUACUGAUUGGAGAAACUAAAAUAUACUCAACAUGCACAGAUUUUGAACGAAUGAAAGAGUACCGUGUCCAAGAUGGGAAAAUCUUCAUCCCCCUGAACAUCACAGCCCAAGGAGAUGUCAUUGUGUCCAUGUACCACCUGCGGUCAACCAUCGGGAGCCGGCUGCAGGCUAAGGUGACCAACACACAGAUAUUCCAGCUCCAGUUUCAUUCUGGAUUUAUACCACUGGACACAACGGUUUUAAAGUUCACUAAGCCUGAGUUGGAUGCAUGUGAUGUACCAGAAAAAUAUCCUCAGCUGUUCCAAGUGACACUGGAUAUAGAAGUACAGCCCCAAGACAAAGUGAUCGACUUAACUCCACCAUGGGAGCACUAUUGCACAAAAGAUGUGAAUCCCAGCAUCCUCUUCUCCUCUCAGCAGGAACAUCAGGAUACUCUGGCCUUAGGAGGUCAGGCUCCAGCAGAUCUCCCUCCAGACCAUCCCAGGAAUCUUGGGCAAGGUGGCUUCUUUGCCUCCCUGUGUUGGCAAGAUCAGAAAUCAGAGAAGUCGUUCUGUGAGGAGGACCACGCUGCCCUGGUGAAUCAGGAAAGUGAGCAGUCGGACGAUGAACUACUGACCCUCUCAAGCCCGCAUGGCAAUGCCAACGGGGACAGGCCUCACGGAGCCAAGAAGCCCAGCAAGGAGCAGGAGGCAGCGGCCCCUCCUCCCGCGGAAGAGGUGGACCUUCUGGGCCUGGAAGGGUCUGAUGUGAGCACGAACUUCUCUCCGCUGGCAGCUCCUCCCAGCAAUUCUGAACUGCUGAGUGACCUGUUUGGGGGUGGAGGUGCCACAGGUCCUGCCCAGGCGGGGCAGGCUGGGGUAGAAGACGUGUUUCAUCCCAGUGGACCUGCGUCUGCGCAGUCCACACCACGCCGCGCUGCCACCUCCGCCUCCGCAUCGCCAACCCUAAGAGUGGGAGAAGGUACCACCUUUGACCCUUUUGGAGCCCCUGCUAAGCCACCGGGUCAGGAUUUGCUGGGCUCCUUUCUGAACACUUCCAGCGCUUCUAGCGACCCCUUUCUGCAGCCCACGAGAAGUCCUUCCCCUACAGUGCAUGCUUCCAGUACACCUGCUGUGAACAUCCAGCCAGAUGUUGCUGGAGGUUGGGACUGGCAUGCCAAACCAGGGGGUUUUGGAAUGGGAAGCAAGUCAGCGGCCAGCAGCCCGACAGGUUCAUCACAUGGCACCCCUACCCAUCAGAGCAAGCCCCAGACUCUGGAUCCCUUCGCUGACCUGGGCACACUGGGUAGCUCUUCAUUUGCCAGCAAACCCACCACACCAACGGGAUUAGGUGGAGGAUUUCCACCUCUCAGCUCACCACAGAAAGCAUCCCCCCAGCCAAUGGGUGGAGGGUGGCAGCAGCCGGCCGGCUACAACUGGCAGCAGACGCAGCCUAAGCCACAGUCCAGUAUGCCUCACUCCUCCCCCCAGAACCGACCCAAUUACAACGUGAGCUUCUCAGCUGUGCCUGCUGGACAGAGCGAACGUGGGAAAGGAUCUACCAAUUUGGAAGGGAAGCAAAAGGCUGCUGACUUUGAAGACCUGCUUUCUAGUCAAGGUUUCAAUGCCCACAAAGACAAGAAGGGGCCUCGAACAAUAGCUGAGAUGAGAAAGGAGGAAAUGGCUAAGGAAAUGGACCCCGAGAAAUUAAAGAUCCUGGAAUGGAUAGAAGGCAAAGAGAGAAACAUAAGAGCCCUGCUGUCCACGAUGCACACUGUGCUGUGGGCCGGGGAGACCAAGUGGAAGCCCGUGGGCAUGGCAGACCUGGUGACGCCAGAGCAAGUGAAGAAAGUGUACAGGAGGGCUGUGUUGGUGGUGCACCCGGACAAGGCUACUGGGCAACCCUAUGAACAAUAUGCAAAGAUGAUUUUCAUGGAGCUAAAUGAUGCCUGGUCUGAAUUUGAAAACCAAGGCCAGAAGCCCUUGUAUUAAUUUGUGAGCUUUUCUAUGCUGGCUGCAGCCCUGUGUUAACGCUUAGUGUGUAUUACAGUUCUGAGAUUUUCACAGAUGAACCAAAAAUUCCAGUAAUGUAUUUCUAGUACUAAACUGUUAAGUUCCUCAUGAAUUCAUUUCUCAUGAUAAAAAAUGUGAAUGUUUGGUUUCUUGAAGUCCAUAGCACCAAGAACUCUAGCAAGCUGACCUUGCAGAGUUAUACAUUCCAGCCUGCCCUCUGGGAAGCCUCCUCAGCAUUUUGCCUGGGGAAAUGGGACCAGGCCACCCAAGGCGAAGGCAUGACAUCCAUCUCAUUGUCUGAGAUUAAGAUUUAUGAGUGGACGUUAUGAUAAUUGGAUUACAUAAUGGUUUUAAGGAAUUGAUUUAGGGAUAUUUUUUGUUUGUGUUUUGUUUUUAAAAGAUGUAAUUUGAGCAAUGCCUUUACACAAACUCCAAUAAUAUCACCAACCAAGUGUUUUUUUUAAAUGGAAAUUUACUGGAGCCUUUCGCUCCUGUAGUGUGUUUUUUGAUCAAGAGCGGUAACCAUUAUAGAAGUGGCUAGAUGGUGGGCUGUGAUUAUGUAGAAAUCUAGGCAC